CAGAUCCGGCUUUUCUUCUUCGUGGCUCUUUAUUUCGGUCCGUUCACGGCUCACAGGCAGCUCCGAAUUUUACUUCAAGAAAAUUCUCCUUUUCGUGUCCUUUCCCGUGAAGAAGAGCUUCAGGUCGCAGAUGACGGGAAUGGAGGAAUAUAACACCGGAAGUGAGAGCUCAUUCAACUCUGAAGAAGUUGAUACCAUUGUCAAAGAGUGUAUCGAGGGAGUCGUGGGAGGAGACGACUACAGCCAGAACCUGGUGAACAAAUGGACCGCUGGCAUCGUGGAGCGCUGCCUCACACAGCUGGUCAAACAGGGGAAAACGUACAAGUACAUCGUGACGUGUGCUGUGAUGCAGAAAACGGGAGCCGGCCUCCACACGGCCAACUCCUGCUACUGGGACACGGCUGUGGACGGAAGCAGCACGGUGAGAUGGGAGAGCCGCACCAUGUACUGUGUGGUCAGUGUGUUUGCUGUGGCUGUGGCAUAGGACAUACACACACACACACACGCAGACUCACACACACGUUGACACACACAUGGCCACCAGCAGCUGCAGUGUGUCCCUGUGAACAGCAGGGGGCGACAAAGUGCCAUUCAGCUGUGUGACACCUGAAGGAAAGCUGCAGACUGUAUUCUCUGCCUUCAGAUGCAUCAUCAUCAUCAUUAUUGUGACGUAUUGAUCUUCUCAUGUCGCUGCAGUUCUCUUUAUUUAUCACUCGCUGACUGCUGGAGUCGUUCUUCUGUGGUUUCUGAUGUUUAUUACGUGUAUCAUGUUUUUGUACUUUUAUUCAUGAGCAGUGUUCAGUCUUUAAUGUAAAAUCAUUAAAGAUUUUAACAUGUCAAGAAAACACACAACUGCUUUAUUAUUGCACCGGUUUUCUACCUACAGUUGAAUAUAUUGUGUUUUACUUUAUUCAUCCAUAAUAUUCCUUCAGUUCUUAUGGUUUUCUUAAACUUUGAUGCUGAGCUGAGAAUAAUGUGGAGGUACGAGUACUUUACCUUCCAUUUUAUAAGACUACUUAUUCCACAUUUCAGAGGGAGCUAUUGUACUUUGCUUGUGAUAUUACAGAUUUAAAGUAAACUGCUCCACCCUAAACCGGCUGCAACAUAGAAGUGAUGUCAAUAAAUAUAAUUCAAUAA